ACCGUCGUUGCCCAUCAAAGCCCGUCUCUCUCUCUCUCUCUCUCUCUCUCUCUCUCUCUCUCUCUAUGUGCUUCUCCUCUCAAAUAUAGAAAGUGAUAUUUAUGUUAAGGGCAUAUUUGCUGAAAGAUUUGAUUUUGGUUCUUUGAAUCUAUGGAGCAGCUUAUAAACUUCAUUAUUCGCCCACCAAGAGCUGAAUAUGACCCUAAGAGUGAUUUAUUGGAGCAAGAGUUCAUGCUGAGAGGGAAAUGGUAUCAAAGGAAGGAUGUAGAGAUCAAAAACAGCCGGGGUGAUGUUCUUCAAUGCAGUCAUUACAUGCCUAUUAUCAGUCCUGAAGGAAAGCCUCUGCCAUGUGUGAUAUAUUGCCAUGGAAACAGUGGAUGCCGGGCAGAUGGAAGUGAAGCUGCUAUAAUUUUGCUUCCUUCAAAUAUUACAGUUUUCACUCUGGAUUUCUCAGGAUCUGGACUUUCUGGAGGGGAGCAUGUCACUCUUGGUUGGAAUGAAAAGGAUGAUCUCAGGGCUGUGGUUGAUUAUCUGCGGGCAGAUGGAAAUGUCUCUUUGAUUGGCUUAUGGGGCCGCUCCAUGGGUGCUGUGACUAGCCUUAUGUACGGAGCUGAGGAUCCUUCAAUUGCAGGGAUCGUUUUAGACAGUCCCUUCUCUGAUUUGGUGGAUUUGAUGAUGGAAUUGGUAGAUACAUACAAAAUUCGUCUGCCGAAGUUCACUGUAAAGUUUGCAAUCCAAUACAUGCGAAAAGCAAUUCAGAAGAAGGCAAAAUUUGACAUAACAGACUUGAACACAAUUAAGGUGGCCAAGAGAUGUUUCGUUCCUGCUCUACUAGGGCAUGCCAUUGAUGAUGAUUUUAUACACCCUCAUCACUCAGAUCGUAUAUUUGAGGCCUAUAUGGGGGACAAAAACAUUAUUAAAUUUGAGGGAGACCACAACUCUCCCCGUCCACAAUUUUACUUUGAUUCAAUAAACAUAUUUUUUCACAACGUUUUGCAACCUCCGGAGGAUGAGGUUGGGGGAUCAUUUUUUGACAAUGUCACUGAUUACUUUGGUAAGGAUGUUUGGAGAUCGGUGCAUGAAGUAGCAUUUGAUGAUGAAUCGCCAUCUGAAUACAAAGAUACAGAACCAUCAACAAGCAGUACAGUAGAUGCCAUUAAGCAAGUCCGUUCAAAAAGACCAAUGAGUAGGAUGGAGGUUCCAUCUGAUAUUUCUUCAAAAGAUGAAUAUCACGAGCACAAGGAUGAUAAAUGCAACGAUCUUUCCUCUUCAUCUUCUAAAAUGAUUAGCUUUGAUCUGUCAAAUGGAAAUCCAUAUGGUCCUCAUGUUCCAGCAACAUUGGAUGAUGAUCAGUAUGUGGAAUAUGCACUUGAUGACCUGACAGGUUUUCCAUCCAGUGAAGAGGAGGAAGAAAGAAUGUUCAUGGAAGCUGUGAUGGCAUCGCUGAAAGACAUGGAAAUAAGACAUCCUCAAGAAGAACAACCACCACCCAAUGUCAAUGCUGUGUCUGCGAAACCAUCAGAUAAAGAUGUUUCCUUAGAGGAGUUUCAUAGGUCCUUAGAGACAAAACAAGCUUCUUCCAUAGUUGACCAUAAUAAGCAUUCAAACUCUGAAGCCAUUUCUAGCAAAGCUGAAUCUUCCAAACCUUUGAAAGCUGAGUCAAGUUCCAAUUCGGUGAUCCAGAACCAAAAUUGUGCUCCUGAGACAUGUUCACCAGACCUGAGCCCAUCAUCAAGAGAAACUCUGACAGAGACUUCACUCACUGGCAUGAGCCACACAAGUGCUUCUUCUGCUCUUAGCGAUAGCGCUAGCACGCGAAGUUCAUCAGACACUGACAUUUCACAUAAUACAAAAGCAACUGUUACUGUUGUUAAGAAUCCAGCAAGCCACAUUAAGGAUGGCUUAAUGCGUCGUUGGGAUUUCAACUUUUUUCGAAACAGUCAUGGUCGGUAAGAUGGAGACCAGAUUGUCUUCGAUCCGGAUUCCAGAUAGCCCUGCAUUGUUUUUCUCUUGGUGACAGAUAGUGAUGCAUUGUUUUUGUAACUGUCAAAAGGUUAUAGUUUGUAAAAUUCUUGUCCAAAGGAAUAGGUUUCUGGUGUGUAAAGUAGGUAUGUUUAGGUUUAUAACUAACAAAUCAGAUAUAUUCUUUGACUGUAAUAUUGUGAUGUUUCAUCAUGGUAUCUCUUUUACAUGGGGAAAAGAAUUCUUCUUAGACUCUUAA